GUCCAUGAUCAUGUGGAUCUGCGUUUAGUCUGAGCCGUGAGGAAGGAAGCUGUGUGUUUUUCCGCCUCCAGAUGACGGCUCCCUGCGGCUGAAAGCGUCCAGAGACCCCCGCUGCUCUGCUCCAUCAUCACCAGCAUGGCGCCCAGAGACCCUCUGCUCGCCUCCCUCAGAGUGUGUGUCCUGAAUAUGCAGUCAGAUGGUGGCAUGGUGACUGACUCCAGCCCUCAUCUCCCCUCCUGCUGUGAGCUGCUGGAGUUGGUUCUCAGGAAGGGGCUGCAGCAGCCAGUCCUCAGCCUGGUCCAAAGAGAUUACUGGCAUUGUUUCGAGCAGCUUCCUCAUCAUGACACCUGCAGCAGGCUCUCUGCUCUGUCAUUGGCUGUUGAGCAGACCAGAGCUUGCAGGAAGCUGAUCUCAGCUCAAGGUCGGGGCCGCUACCUUCUCAGGCUGGCCCUCAGCCGCAGGACUCUGUCCCAGUUCUUCACCCACCUGCUGCACACAUCCAGAGUGCUUGAGUGGUACAGCCCUACAUUAUCAAUCCUCCGGAAUGAGGAAUUUGUUGAGCCUUUCAUGUCACUGCUGCUGGUCCUCUCUCAUAUGGAGUUCAAACUGGACAUGGAGAACUGCAGUUUUUUAGAUGAGAGCUGGCUGCUACCGGUGUGUGACACUUAUGAAGUUGUGCCCUGUCGGGAAGUUGGAAUGAUUUUAAGGUAUCUAAGCGGCCGUGUCUUUGUCCUGGACCUGGUCCCUGGCAGUCAGGCUCACGUUGACAUGUUUGUCUCUGCUGGUGACAUCAUCGAUGAGAUCAAUGGGACUUCCCUGAGAAAUUCCAAAAAUGGACAAGCUGGCGUUGUUUUGUCUCGCCUUAAGGGCCGCCCUUUAUCCAUCCGUAUUCUGAGAUGCAGGGCUCAGGAUGGAACAGUGUAUCGGCCCCUUGUCAAACUCUUGAGGGAUCUGAGGACAGAGAAUCCCAAUAUGCAGCUCAGCCUCAAUCCCCUCCAAAAGGAAACGGAUGACAACCGAAGGCCUCCUGGCGUAUCCCAGUGUCUCAAGGAGGGAAGAAUCGUCUACAUUGUGAAGUUCUUGGGAAAAGCAAACAUUGGAAUGUUUGGAGGAAAAGAAGUCCUGCAGCAUGCAAUUCCACAGGUGUUGCGUCAAAACCUGUCUAGCAAGGACGUGCUUUUGGAUUUGAAGGAAACACAUGUGACGUGCACAGACAGAAACAGUACACAGAAACUGUUUGAGCAUCACUAUCCAGAGAUUUCCUGUGUAGGGAGGUUUGCUCAGCCGGGCUACACGAUAUUCGCCUUCUGCGUGGCAGAUUCUCCAGAAACGCCUCAGUCCAGUGGUUUUUGUUGUGUGGUACUCAAAGCCAGCACCAUUAAGGACUGUGAGGAUAUAGUCUGCCGCAUUGCUGCUGGUUUCAAGCACACAGAGUGGUUUGUAUAACCACAGAUCAACCCAUCCAUGUAAAUAAAUGAGUUUAAAAAGUGCAUUAUUGUCUGUAUACAUCAUGACAAGACACAAACUUGUAUUCAUAAAGACCUUUAAUAGAAAGACAUGUGACCAACAUCUCAUAAAUAGUAUUAAAUGUAGCUGCCAAGAUUUUUGUGUUUGAUAAAACGCAUAAAAAGCGGCCCUGAACAACGUCAGGGGUCUGCAGGGCUCCCUUUUAGUUCAGAGGACUAACUGAGAUAACCGAUAUAUCGAGACUGCAGAUAUGCACCCAGGGUGGCAUGCUGGCAUUUAGAUAGUAAAGAAAAACUGCUCCCAGAAGGUGAUCAGAAUUGAUUCUUGAGAUUUUAGAGAUCGCUCCCUCAACAGGAGCCCAACAUCCACAAUUAACUGGAGUCAUUACAUCUAGUGAUAACCCAGAAAGGUUAUCUUGUCCAUGGUGCACUUGGGCUAGUGGAAUGGUUGGUAUGUUGUCUAUCACUAAAAAAUAGAAAAAUUCAAAGAACUUAUAAAAACAAAAACCCAAGAAAAAAAAA